CGUGGGAGGGGACGGCGCGCCAUUGGCUUGUGCACGAAACUGAGAGGAGGGACCAGCUCGGGCCGCCAGACUCGGGCAAAGCCCCGCCGCGCUGGGCCCCGCGCGCAGUCCAGCCGGCCCUGCCCUGCCCGGCGCGGGCGGCGCGAUGUGAGUCGCCCGAGGGCCCGAGAGUCCCCCUGGCACGCCAGCUCCGCGCAGCGCCGGCGCCAGCAGGCGCUAGGAACAUUUUGUUCUGACUGAAGGUGAGGACGGCCACUCAACUCACAUCAGCGUCUCCACUGCCCGGCACACACCCUCCUACAGAGGCCGGGCCCCAGGACAAGAUGGCAGCCAAGCAGCCCCCACCUCUCAUGAAGAAGCACAGCCAGACGGACCUUGUGAGCCGCCUGAAGACCCGCAAGAUCCUCGGCGUGGGCGGGGAGGAUGACGAUGGGGAGGUCCACCGCUCCAAGAUCAGCCAGGUCUUGGGCAAUGAGAUGAAGUUUGCUGUUCGGGAGCCUUUGGGGCUCAGGGUCUGGCAGUUUGUUUCUGCUGUGCUCUUCUCCGGCAUUGCCAUCAUGGCCCUCACCUUUCCUGACCAGCUCUACGAUGCAGUCUUUGAUGGAGCGCAGGUGACCAGCAAGACCCCCAUCCGCCUCUAUGGCGGCGCCCUCCUCAGCAUCUCCCUGAUCAUGUGGAACGCUCUCUACACGGCUGAGAAGGUCAUCAUCCGAUGGACUCUGCUCACCGAAGCUUGCUACUUCUCGGUCCAGUUCUUGGUGGUCACUGCCACGCUAGCCGAGACGGGCCUCGUGUCCCUCGGGAUCCUGCUGCUCCUGGCCAGCCGCCUCCUUUUUGUCGCCAUCAGCGUUUACUUCUAUUACCAAGUCGGCCGAAAACCCAAGAAAGUGUAGCCGCCCGCCGGGCCAGGGGGCCCCUCUGGGGCAGGGAGGCCUGGGGACCUCGGCUUCCCUUUGGUUCCGGAAGGCAGGAAGGACCCUGCCCCAGGCAGGCAGGAGUGGCCGCCUUCCUCUCCUCCUGGGCCCUCCCCGAACGCUGUGACCUCCUGGGCCCUCAGGUCUGGGGAGGGAUGGAGCCUCUGCCCCCCAUCCUUCCCCCCACACGGUGACGCCUCCCAUUCACGGGUCUCUCGGCCUCUGGAUCCCCUGGACAGAUGCUCAAGGAAGAGCCUGAGUCACAGGCAUCCGGCCGAGGCCAGGCUCUCUGCCCCUCUGUCACAAGACCCUUCUUUCUUGAGAGGCUGUGGACUGCCUCCUUGUCCUCUCCCUAGGCCCCCAGCCAGUCUAAUGCCCAAGCAGCUGAACUUGGCUUCUGCCCAUGCCUGGAAAACCUUAGAAUUUGACCCUGGGCCCCUUCCCUUCCAUGCGGGCGCUCCCCACAUGCAGGGGACCCUCUGCCCCCUAAACACACAGCGCAGCUGCGGGCUGGCAGGCAGGGGUCCGUCUUUGACCCCUGGCACCUCCCUUUCCGCCUUCUGUGAGGUGGGCUGCAGGUAGCAGGGCCCUGUCCUCAGCCCCGGCCGCCACGGCCUCUCCUCGGGCCUCGCUCUUGGCUGCCCUGCCUCCACCCCAGCUCCUGAAGGCCCCUAGGUGCCCCCUCUCCCAACUGGCCUGGGUCCACACGCUGCCAAGGGCCUCAGCCACAGGCCGGCCCUGACAGAUGGGCACCCGGGUAACCCCAGAUGGAGGCCACCUGUAAGUGACGGGGUUUGUGGAUGAGGAAGAGAGAGAAGCAUGUCUUCAUCACUUGGCAUGUCCUCCAGGGUCCGACGUGCACCUGGCUCAGCCCCCUCAUCCCCCCUCCCCGCCUCCCCAGGGUGCUUCCCUCUGGCCCUCUGGCCUGGGGUGCCUCUGAGGCCCGGCUGGGUAGGACUGGGUGCCCUUCAAGCUCAGCAGGGGCAAAAAAUAGAAAUAUUUCAGCAAGCCGCCUCCUCUCGUGCCCAUCCCCCAUCAAAUGCCCUGGAGGAGGCCGACAGCUGGCUCCCUCAGAGACGAAGACCCCUGCAGGCCCGGCAGCCUGUGUGCCCCCCGUGAGUCCUUUACCCGACGCCCCCCUUCCCUCCGGCACCCCAGGAAUGGCAGCCCCCGUGUCCUGGGGACAGGUGUGGAGAGAAGCAGCCCCGGCCCCAGACUCGCUUCCCGUCUUGGAAGAGAGUGUCUAGGGGGCGAGAUGGUUGGUCCUUAGGUGCAGCCCAGCUCUGACUGCUGUGCCCCGGGCCCUGCCCACGCUGGGCCUCGCUGCCCUCCCCCGUGCCCAGCUGUCCCUGCAGCCACACGUCCAGGGACACGGCCUGUGCCCAGCGGAGCACGGCACCACCGCUGUUAACACAGCCGAGGAGAGAGGCCCAGCGGGUUGGGCGCCCAAGGCUGUGCUGCUGGUAACCGCGGCCGAGCGGAAGGGAGGCUGGACACUAGGGAGGGGCCGUCCUCUCCUGGCCUCCAUCCCUCGAGGCUGAAGUUCGUGCCUCUUCGCAGAAUCCUGCCCCCAACCGCGGAGCCCCAGGCAGGCCCGGAGCCACGGCAGCCUUUGGGAAGUGGUAUUGGCUGGUGGGCAGCGCCCCCAAGCCAAGGCCAUGUCCUCUGCGCUGACCCAUGCUUUUGGAGGCCUGGCUAGCACGCCGCCAAGCGGCGGAUGGUCUGUCCUAAUGACCGCUGGGCUGGGCGGAUGGACUUCCCCCGGGAGGCUAGCAGGGCAGGGGGAAGUCCGGGCGCUGGAGCCGGGCUUUGUGCCGGGCGUCCGCGGGGGCAGAGCCAGCCAAGCUGAGGGAGGGUGGCAGGACCUUGUCCCCGGGGUGGUAAUGCGGGCCUGCCGGGACGAUGCUGUCCUGGCUCUGUCCCUCCUAAAGGUUGGGGAGAACCCAGAAUGCCCCUUCCCCGGUUCACUCUUGCCAGCCUCCUGCCUCGGCCCAGCUUCCCCACCCUGCCCCCAAACCAAGACCACCUUUCCUCACGGUCACUAUUUAUUCUUCGUUCCUUUCUCUUUUUGUAAGAAACAGUCACAAAAACCAGUGCAAAACCA